UAAAUAAGUGACGAGAAGUCGAGAAGAGUAAUGGUAUACCCGUGACAUUACUUGUAUUUAAAACGGUCAAACACACACUUGCUAGUCAUCCAUCUAUACAUACGGAGUACUAUAUAUUAUCUGCAGCCAGUAAAUAAGUCGUGAUUUAUCGAACACACACAUGGAGGUGCUGCAACAUUUCAACGGCGAGGUCGCCGGGAACAGACCGUCGGGGUUGCGGCCGCAGCCGGACGACGACGACGCCAUCGCGACGGCUGUCAGCAAUAUUAUCACUGAUGUUGUUAAGAAUGGUGAAAUUGCCAAGGAAGAGAGUUGUUUGGAGCACCAAAUUGCAGAGUUUUGUAAUAAUGGAAAUGCGGAAGAUGACGCAGAAGAAGAAAAGGAAUUGAAUUUGGAGAGAAACAAACAACGCCGCCGCCGCGUUUACCUCGACAAGACUCUCCCAGAAUCUACUAAAGCAGCUGACCACCACGAUGAUGGCGACAUCAAGACAUCAGCAGAGAUUGGAAACGUUGCAGAAAUCCACUCUCUCGUCAACGCCGCUCUGAGGGGUGACACAAAGGAUGUCCGUGGAAGCUCAAGGGAAUUGGAAGAUGAAGUGAUAGAGCUGGAGUUCUUCGACAGCAGAGCCGCAGACAAGCUGCGCAGCACACACGACGCUUAUUGCCCACACUGCAGGAACCCCAUUUCCAAGGUUGUUCUGAGGAUCAGGCACGGAGCGGCUGUGGGCCCACCACCGGCCCCUAAGCCAGCAGAGAAGGAUUUGGAUUUGCUUGGGUGUCUGUCAUGUUUCAAGAUUUUCCUUCCCUCCAGAGUAGCAGCAGCAGCAGAUGGUGAGAAAAGUACAGAUGGGAGGGCUGGAGUGGAACAAGAAUCUGAAAGUGCAUCUCAUAAUGGGAAAUGCUUUGGCCUCCUGGAUUGGAUUUAUGAUGGGCAGAGAUCAACAACAGCAAACUCAAACACAUCUCAAAAACAACCAUCUGAUUCUGAGUCUUGUUCUUCUGGCCAAGGGAAGAAGAAGCCAGUUGAAGAGCAUUUAAGAGGAGAUGGAGAUUGUCUUGUGCAGAGUGCUUCUGCACCAUUACUUCAGGGAAUCCAAACUCCAUCUCCAGAUUUGAAUGGUAAUGCAGCUGCUAUUAAACAUGAGCCCCAUAACCUCGGAAAGCCUUCUGCUGAAACACAGUUGGGUCUGGAAGAAAGGCAUUCUUCCUCAGGACGAGAAGUGCACAUUCCAAUUGAGGAGAGCACGAACGAAGCAAGAGCUUUGACAACCACCACACAAGGUCCCACAGUGGAGAGUGGAAGAAGAGGUUCAAGUUCUAUAGAGGUCGUGAAGAGCGUCGUGUAUGGAGGUCUAGUGGAGGCAAUUGCAAGCUUAACUCUGGUUUCUUCUGCUGCAGCCUCUGGUGCCACCACAUUGAGAGUGUUUACUAUUGGGGUAGCAAAUCUCAUUGGUGGUCUUGUCAUCAUGGCACAUAAUUUUAUGGACUUGUACAAGAACCACCCCGCAAGUGAGUACCAAGAAGUCUUAGGCCAAAAAAAGCACUUCCCACUUCAUGUCAUUGUUGCACUGUUAUCUUACCUCAUAUUCGGCCUGGCCCCACCCGUCAUCUACGGAUUCACAUUUCGCAAGGGAGACGAUAGGGACUCGAAGCUCUUAGCCGUUGCAGUGGCUUCGUUUGUGUUCAUCGUUCUUCUUUCCAUUGCAAAAGCGUACACCCAGAGAGGAGCCAACACGUUUAAGGAAUAUACGCUAACUGUCUUGCAGUAUGCUGUUACUGCAGCUAUGGCUUCUGGUGUUUCUUAUGUGGUGGGUGAUUUGUUUGGGAAGAUGAUGGAUGAACUUGGGUGGCUCAACUCAACCCCACCCAAUGUUGUUCUUCCAUCUACGCAUCCAAGCUGGGUUUCAUAUUGAUUCUUGAAAUCCCAAUCGGUCAUCAGCCCAGUUUCUUCUCUAGUUUCUUUUUUCAAAGUGUUUCCCUUGUUUUUUUUUGUUUUGAGACAUUAUGUAAUGCAUACCAUAUGGUCAGAAUUAUUGCGAAUUUUUGAGUGGGGAAACAUCACAACAGCACAAAUGGCAAUUUAAAACAAUCAAGAAUUAAAAUCAAAGAGAAGGUAUGGCAAGUUUAACGUUGUCCAUGGGAAAAACACAAUGUUUCUUUACUUUCUUACAACAACAACAACACCAUUACCCCAGUGCCUCAACGGCUCCAGCCCAUUGCGAGGUAAGGGGGGUCGGAUGUACGCAGUCUCACUCCUAUGUUUAAAACAUAGAGCGGGUGUUUCCAGAUGACCAAUGAUGAACGUCGAAAAUUGCAUUGACCAACUGCUACUUCACAAUGACAAGAAGCGUAGACAGUUUAGAGAGCCAAUUUACUUUAUUCCUGUUGGGGAAGCACGGAACAAAACACAACGGAAGCGUAUAAAAUCUUUUUCCCAAAUUAAAUGAGAUGAACAACAAAGCACAAUAUACUCCAAAAAUCAGCACCACCACCACAAAUAGAUAGCAACGGAAAUAAAAUAAAGAACACACGAUUUACGUGGAAACCCCAAAUCGGGGAGAAAACCACGGCCGCUCAACAACGGCACCCAAACUUCCACUAAUCACCAAGAACCAAGUGGGUACAACAAGUUCUCCUCUCUAGUAAACACUAGAGGCAUACACAAUCAUCAAGGAGCAACCUUGGAACAACAACAAUCAACAAUUCAACAUAAAAUGGAGUAAAAACUCCCAAAAAAACGCAGGUCUGAAAACGCAGCCAGAAAACAACCUUCCGGGCAUCAAAAUGAGAAUCUGACCGUUGGAUUUGAAGAGGAGUAUGUGAGGAACAACAUACUAAAAUUUGAGCACGAUC